GCGCUGAUAUUAACAAGCAGGUAAUUGACGAUGCGCUCGGUCUCCCCUAAAAGGAGCCGAGCCCUGGGACAUCAGCGGACCAGAUCUCCGUCAGCAUUCAUCAGUUCACCACGGCCCGGCUGCUGCUGCUCGACUUCAGACACAAGUUUUAAGAUCGAGGGUGGCCUGUUUGAACAGUUGUGCGCUGCUCCACCUAAAAGUGUGAACGGGCCUUGAGCGGGGAGGUGAUCGCACUGCCCUUGUCCGGGGUUUUUUUCCCCACGCCUCAGCGUUCAGAAUGCAAACCACCGAGCAGCGAGGGGCCGAGCUGGAUAUAGACGUGGAGAGUUUGGAAGUGGAGGAGGAAGACCUGGCCAGUUCACCCCAGGCUGCGCCAGGGCUCCGGCAAGGCGGGUCAGCCGAGAGCGAGAAGAAGCAGCAGGGAGCCGAGGGGGAUCACAGGAAGCUCAGCCGCACCCCGAAAUGCGCCCGGUGCAGGAACCAUGGCGUGGUGUCCUGUCUGAAAGGUCACAAACGCUUCUGUCGCUGGAGGGACUGUCAGUGUGCCAACUGCCUGUUGGUGGUGGAGAGGCAGAGAGUGAUGGCGGCACAGGUAGCACUCAGGAGGCAACAGGCAACUGAGGAUAAGAAAGGGAUAGCGAACAAACACAACCUGGCGGAGCGCCGAGCCGUUUAUCAGAGGCACCUGAGGACGCCGAGUUUGCUGGCGAAGAGCAUUUUGGAAGGUUACCGACCAGCCCAGAAUGAGCCAUACCUGAGAGGAAGCCCACCUUUACCCCCUCCCGUGAGUGACCGGAUGAGGAAAAGGCGUGCCUUCGCUGAUAAGGAGCUGGAGAGCAUCAUGAUGGAGAGAGAGUACAAGGAGAGAGAGAUGAUCGAGGCUGCACAAGCCGCUGCCGCCUUCUUCCUUCCUAACGGCAUGGUACACGCAGCCGAGUACAACUCCUGCAAAUCUAACUACAGCCCGCCUCAGCUGGAGAGACCCAGCAAAGAGAUCGCCCAACAGUGUAACCUGAUGCCUCCGUGCCUCGAUCUAACCAUGCAGUACUCUGGCUCAGAUCGGGCGCUGGAGCUCAUUUCUUCCAACGUUAGUGUAGCCACCACCUACAGGCAGUACCCGUUGAGCCCCAGGCUAAUGGUCUGGCCAAAGUGUGCUCCCCUCAGUGAUGCCCUGCUCUACCAACAGUACGUACUGAAUGCCAGUAGCGCCAUCCAGACUCUCAAGCCGGGAGCCGUCUGGGAUUCCAAAGGGGCACCAGUGCCGGAAGGUCAAUUGGCCAGUAAUAGUCGGGAGUCACCCAGAAAAGCAGCGAGGGAGUUGCAGCCGGUGGCAAGCACCCACCUGCCAGUCUUGGAGGUUCCCUGUGACCGCUCGGCGUUUUCACCACCAAAGAAAGGUUCCCCCCGGCUCGGGGAACGUGAUUCGCCCUCUCCCUGCCCAGCCCCAGCCAACGGCAUGUCCCUGUCACAUAGUCACAGCCAGCCUCAGGACAACGCUGCCUCCGAGCUCAAAACAUUCCUGAGUAAAGGCAUCCUGGAAGAGGCAGCCAGGAAAUACCGGGAAUACGCCAUCAAGGAGAACCAGCUGUACAAAAACUCCACCGAAAGAUACAUGAGCAACCUGAUCGGUUCGAAACAGGCCGGGCCAAAAAUCUCACCUCCCGAGACACUCUCCUUUUCAGUUGAAUCAAUUCUGAAGAGGUCUUCACAUUCUUCAAGCCGCACUUAUCAAUAACUGUAACAUUUCCUCUUCAAUUUGAAACGCUUCGAAUUAAUAUCACUUAUGGUUACAUUUCGAGACCAAAGCUGCCUUUUGUAUAAAAUGUCUUUGAUGUAUAUGGUUUGGGUAUUAUCUUGUACAGAUAUUAGAAUGGUCCCUUCCUGCCAGAGUAUAUUUAAAACACCUUGAAUCUUUUGUUUUCUGGAGAUCUGCAAAUGAGCGAAUGUUUUGUGCACUGAAGUAAAUGUAAAGCUAAAAAAUAAAGAGAUUACAGAACCAAA